ACUCCAUAUCACCAUUGAUGCUCUGAGUGAGUAGUAAUAAUCAAAUUGAAAGGUUUAGAGUCUUUUGAGUUUGUUGAAAUGGUAGGUUCACUAAAUAGCUCCGGUGGAUAGUAAAGUAAAACUGUAUUUGCAGAAAGCCCUGCGGUUGGGCAAACAAACCCUUCCCUCAUUUUUUUGCUUUCAUCUCAUUAAUGUCACCUGACCCUCCCUUCCCUUAAAACCCCGUGCCAUCAUUCAUUUUUUCUUUGAAUUUCAUUUGGAUUUAAUACAUCAAGUUCUAUUUGAUUUUUCUUUUAUUUGUAUAAAUUAUUAUUAAUUCGGGAUCGGCGGUAAACAACAUCGAAUGCAGAAUCAAAGCUCGUGAUUGGUGGAAGAAGAUGAGUUAGACACUUAGCCGCCAUUGAAGUUCAUCAGCAUCAGCUUCGCAUUAUCAAUGGAAGCUCAAAGAAAUGCGUUAUCAAUAUUCUUGUUAGCUGUAAUCUUGUUCUUGAUCCAGUGCGUGGUAGCUCAGAAAGCUCGGUUAAGUUCUCCAAUCGAACGGCGGGCAUUGCUGGAUCUCCGCGCAUCUUUAGGUCUCCGAGGCAAAGAUUGGCCCAUCAAGUCCGACCCCUGCUCGUCGUGGCUCGGUAUCGAAUGUCGGAACGGCUCCGUCUCCAAAAUCAGUGUUUCCGGUUUAAAAAGAACCAGACUUGGACGACUCAGUCCCAAGUUCAAUGUUGAUUCUUUGGUUAAUUUGACCCGGUUAGUUUCCUUCAAUGCCUCUGGGUUCCCGCUUCCCGGGUCAAUACCGGAUUGGUUCGGAAACCGGUUGGCUAAUCUCGAGGUUCUUGAUCUCCGCUCAUGCAAUAUCUCCGGUUCAAUCCCUGGUACACUCGGUAACUUGAGUCGACUCACUUCUUUGUAUCUUCAUGAUAACAAUCUUGCUGGUCUGAUUCCUGCUACAUUGGGACUAUUAAGGAACUUAAAAUUUCUUGAUCUUUCGGUUAAUUCGCUUACCGGUUCGAUUCCCUCAAGUUUUGGGUCUUUUGGAAACAUGGAAAGGCUUGAACUUGCUUCAAAUUACUUAUCUGAGUCAAUUCCACCUAGUUUAGGCUCUUUACGAGGUCUUCAAGUGUUCAAUGUUUCAGAUAAUAAUCUUUCUGGUUCAAUUCCUAUUCAGUUUGGCAAUCUUUCAAGGCUGGUUAAGCUUGAUCUUAGUAGGAAUUCUUUCUACGGUUCGUUGCCGGAGGAAUUAAAGAUGUUAAGGAGUUUAAAAAUGAUGAUAAUGGCGGAUAAUGAGCUAGAAGGACGUAUGCCAGUCGAUUUGUUUUCAAGUCUUGUUGAGUUGCAAGUUGUGGAUUUGAGUAGGAAUAAGCUUGAUGGUGCUCUUAAUGCUACAAUUUGGUCAAUGCCUAAAUUACAGUCCCUUGAUGUAUCAAGCAACAACUUUACCGGUCCAUUUCCGGGUCUUAGAUCUAAUAUUAGUGCUACUACAGCUGCCAUGUUCAAUCUGUCGAACAAUUUCUUUUAUGGAACUUUGAAUUUUUCACUCGGGAUGUUCAGAUUCAUUGAUCUCUCUGGCAACUAUUUUGAAGGCAAGGUAGUAGUAAACAACGCGAAAAGAUACGCUAUUAUUGACAGGAAUUGCCUUCAGGCUUUGAAACAGAGGACUUUGGAGGAUUGUAGACUUUUUUACACUGAUAGAGGGCUAAGUUUUGAUAAUUUUGGAGCACCCGACACAACGCAGCCACCUCCUGCAGAAUCUAGUUCGGAGAGCAGGAAACGGUUGAUAUUUAUUUUGGCUGGAGUAGUUGGAGGACUUGGCUUCAUUGUACUAUUGGUUCUGAUUCUAGUGCUCGUCUUGAGGCACAAUAAGGGCAUUGGAAAUCAAAGAAGGAAUGCAGAUGUUGGGCCUGUUCCUGAAGGGGAUAGUCCUCAACUUCCGAAAGAUCCUACAAUAGCUGGUGCUGGAGAUCCAUUUACAUAUGAGCAGUUGCUCCUAGCAACUGAUAAUUUUAGUGAGACGAAUCUUAUUAAGCAGGGCCACUCAGGUGACCUAUUUCGUGGUAUCUUGGAAGCUGGGAUCCCAGUGGUCAUCAAAAGGGUCAGUUUGAGUUCUUUCAAGAAAGAAUCAUACAUGAUGGAAUUGGAUUUAUUCAGAAAGCUUUCUCACCCAAGAUUUGUCCUGCUUUUGGGGCACUGCUUGGAGCAUGAAACUGAGAAGCUUUUGGUAUACAAGCAUAUGCCAAAUGGAGAUUUAGCCAAUUCCUUUUACAGGGCUACCAAUUCAGACGAUGAUAGCCUACAGUCCCUGGAUUGGAUUACAAGGUUAAAAGUAGCUACUGGAGCUGCUGAAGGACUGUUUCAUUUGCACCAUGAAUGUAAUCCUUCCCUAGUUCACAGGGAUGUUCAAGCUAGCAGUAUUCUUCUUGAUGAUAAAUUUGAAGUGAGACUUGGAAGCCUGAGUGAAGUUCGUGCCCAGGAAGGAGAUACACACCAAAAUGUUCUCAAAAGGCUGCUCCGGAAACCACAGACCUCUGAGCCAGGCCCUUCAGCUUCAGGUUCUUCUUCGACUACUUGUGCUUACGAUGUGUACUGUUUCGGAAAGGUAUUAUUAGAGCUUAUAACAGGCAAGCUUGGUAUUGGUAAGGCAGAAGAUGCGUCUACAAAGGAGUGGCUUGAGCAAUCCUUGCCUUGCAUCAGUAUAUAUGAAAAGGAAUUGGUGACUAAGAUCAUGGAUCCAUCCUUGAUAGUAGAUGAGGAUCUAUUGGAGGAGGUAUGGGCCAUGGCAAUCGUGGCAAGGUCAUGCCUUAACCCCAAGCCUUCUAAACGACCCUCAAUGAAGCAUAUUCUUAAAGCAUUGGAAAACCCUUUGAAAGUAGUAAGAGAGGAGAGUUUCAGCUCCGCAAGGCUAAGAACAACAUCGUCUAGGCGAUCUUGGGGUUCUGCCUUCUUUGGUAGUUGGCGACAGAGCUCAUCAGAGAGUGCCACCAUCCCAGGCCACCAAAACAGAGAGGGUUUCAGUGGUUUUAGGCAGGCAGGUAGAGUAGGUUCUCAUGGCAGCGAUGGAAUUGAACACUCAUCUUCACGUAAAAGGUUGUCGAACGAAGUUUUCCCUGAACCCAUGGAAAUGCAAGACAUGGAGAUGUUAGAUGAAAACUAACUGAUAAUCCUUACUGGUUGAAGUGCCUGCUCAACCAUUGAACCCAACAGUGUUUUUCUUUUCUAGUUGUGCUCUACAGCUAUUAUUUUAUGAGGAUACUUGCAGCCAGCAGGUGAUCCAACCUGAUUCAGAUAAACUGGCUGAGCUGAUACAUCCCUUGGCUUAAUGAAAAUAGCGGAAGUCAGCCAUGAAAAAGAAGAGAGCAAGAGCCCCGAUUGUAUCCAGCAAGAUUCUUUCAUACAUUCAAAAGCUCAAAAGCUUGUUUGCAGUCGAUUGUUACAAGAAGCAGAAUUUUUUUCAUUGUAAUUGCCUUUUUUCUCACAUAUCUGAACAUGGAGAGUGUACAAUUGUAACAGGUUAGGACCCCUUGCAGAUUUAUUAAGUUUACAUUUUGUUAGUAGCAAUCAAAGAAACACAUUAACUGUAUUCUUCCAUUUGAGAAAUCGGAUUCAAACAUUUGGCAUCCCAGUAAAA